ACACAACACCUCACCUUUCAAUAAACAAACAUGCCUUCUUUCACUCAAGCAAUCCUCUUCCUAGCCGUGCUUGCUGCAGUGGCCGCGCCUUCGCGUGCGAUCACGUGCAGCGACGUGAUGAAGGACUUGAGGCCGUGCAUCAACUACCUCAAGAGCGGGAGCGGGACGCCGCCCUCCCCCUGCUGCGCGGGAGCCUCCAGCCUAGCCGCAUCCGCCACGGGCACGGCCGACAAGCAGGCCGCAUGCACCUGCAUCAAGAAUGCUGCUAAGAGCAUCACUAUCAAGCCGGAGCUCGCCAAGGCUCUACCCGGAAACUGUGGGAUCUCGAUGCCGUUUCAAAUCUCUCCUAAUGUUGAUUGCUCUAAGAUAAGUUAAGAUGGAUGGAAGGAAAUUAAUGGGUGUGAUGAUGCAUGGAUUUAUGAUAUCACACGUAGAAUGAUAUGAUGGUGUAAGUUUAUGAGGAAUAAGAUGUAGUUUUUUCUCUUCUUUGGAGGCUAAUUGCAUCUUUUAUUUGUACUCUUCAUGUAUGCUCUUUCCGAGUAUAUAUGUAUAUGUAUUUCUAUGUAUGUUUGUGAGAUUUUUCUUCAA